CAUCUCCAACCCAGAGCAUGUCCCUCUUCCAGCAGCAAUCCACCCAACGCCAAAGCAACAACCGGCUUGUCGAGUUCCGCGCCGGCCGUCUGACCCAGAGCGGCACCACCGUCACUGCCGACCCGCGCAAGGGCCUCCUGUACAUGCAUGUGGAGCCCACCGACCAGCUGCUGCACUUUGUGUGGAAGGACCGCGGCACUAACGCCAUUGUCGACGAUUGGAUUAUCUUCCCGGAAGACGCGGAAUGGAAGCGCGUCCCGCAGUGCACGACGGGCCGCGUCUACUUGCUCAAGUUCAAGUCGUCCGACAAGCGCUGGUUUUUCUGGAUGCAGGAGCCCAAGAUUGACAAGGACGACGAGCUGGCCGAGCGCAUCAACAAGAUUCUCACAUCCAGCGAUCCCAGCUCGCUGGCUCAGCCGCAGCCCUCGCCCGCUGUCAGCCGCCAGUCGGCCCUCAUGCAAAGCAUGGGUUUGACGCCCGCGCAAAUCACCCAAAUGCUUGGCGCGCAGGCGGCCCGACCCCAGCGCUCAAACCGCCAGCGCAUGGAGCCGGCUGUCUCGGGCAGCCCUCCGACCGCUCCGCCCGCCACUGCGGCUGCCGCGGCUGCUGCUGCCGCUAUUCCUGACACGCCUGUUCCAGAGACCCCCGCCUCAGCUCCAUCGGGCGCCGCUGCUGGUGCUCCUGCCGUCACGCAAACGCCCACUGCCUCGGCUGCGCAACAGCUCGAGUUUUUGCAGCAGUUUGCCAGCAGCCUGGCCGCGCCUCGACAGCGCGAGCAGAUUGGCCUCUCGCACAUUAUCACCCCGGACGCUCUCAACCUGCUGCUGUCCAACGACCAAGUGGUCGAGCAGCUCCUGCCCUUCCUCCCCGAGACGCUCCCGCACACGGCCGCCGAGCUGCGCACCACAGUCCGCAGCCCUCAGUUCAGCCAGGCCGUCCAAGCGUUCAGCGCUGCGCUCGGUGCCGGUAAUCUCAAUGCUGUCAUGCAGCAGUUUGGCGUCGACCCUUCCCUUGCCGGCUCGGCCCAGGGCGUUGAGGCGUUCCUCACUGCUCUGCAGCAAAGCCAAAACCAGUCCUCUGGCAGCAGUGAUGCGUCCAACACUGGCAGCUCGAACAUGGACACUAGCAACUGAUGCAAAAAAUAAAAACAAGGAGAAUAGAUGUGUGCGUGGUGUUGCUGGCUUGAGCUUUUCCAGGCCGAUUGGCUUGAAAUACACUGCCUGUUCAUAGCUGUUGUUGUUGGGUGUAUUCACUAGUCUUGCAAUACGAACGAUUGGAGGUCAGAGAAUCUCGGAUAGGAUGAAAAGUCCCAUUUGCC